UCGCCCGUGUGCCACGGUGCCACCAGCGCCACGUAAAAGAUGCAAGGCGCCUAUGAGGCUACGAGACGAGCUGCCGCCCCCACCGGUAAACCGUGCAGGAUAACACGUACGUGACCGGUAGUAAUACACAUAUACACACCGGGCCACCGGCCGGUAGGGAGUUCUCGCGGUUUUGUCGUUCGAUCGAUCGAUCGUGUCCAUGCUGCUCCGGCUGAAGGCCGUCGCCGUCCAUCCGGCGGCGCUCCUUGGGCGACCGCGCAGCCAUGACGCACCCCAGCUCGUCGGUCGCACGGGCGCGUCGACGACGACGGCGAGGCGGAGGGCGGCGAGGAGCGCCGUGACGGUGACGAUGGCGCUCAAGGAGGAGCCGGAAGGCAGCCGUAGCGGCUUCGCCGGCGGCGUUCCGAGCUGGGACCCCGGGCUGGAGAUCCAAGUCCCUUUCGAGCAAAGACCGGUGAACGAGUACUCCGCCCUCAAGGAUAGCGUACUCUACUCGUGGGCAGAGCUGAGCCCGGGGUCAUUCUUCCUGCGCCUAGGCAGCCUGUGGCUGAUCACCUUCACGGUGCUCGCCGCGCCCAUUGCAGCUGCAAGUUUCAGUCCAGGAAAGGAUCCACUCAAAUUCGUGCUAGCAGCUGGGAUUGGAACUCUGCUCCUCGUCUCUUUGGUCGUUCUCCGGAUUUAUCUGGGUUGGAGCUACGUUGGUGAUAGGCUGUUGUCGGCGGUUGUGCCGUACGAAGAAACCGGAUGGUACGACGGCCAAAUGUGGGUCAAGCCACCAGAGGUAUUGGCUCGUGACAGGCUCUUGGGAUCUUACAAGGUAAAGCCGGUGAUUAACCUGCUGAAGCAGACGCUGGUGGGCACCGGCGCUCUGCUGGUCGGCGCGGUGUCGCUGUUCGCGUUCGCGGCCCCCGUCGAGGACUUCCUGCACUCCGUGAACGCACCACCAUCCGCUGCCUCCUCCAAGCCCAGUCUCAGAAGGGAGGAGCUGCUGCGUCUGCCCGUGGAGGUGAGGCAAGACGACGACCUCGCCGCUGCCGCCGCGGAGGCCGCCGACGGACGGCCGGUCUACUGCAGGGACCGCUACUACCGGGCGCUCGCCGGCGGGCAGUACUGCAAGUGGGACGACCUGCUCAACUGACAAAAUACUUCUGUAUUACCCAACGGAUACGGUGUGCAGUGUGUCCUGAAUCCUGAUAUAUGCAGAUUGGCAUGCGAAGCCUCCGCAACUGUGUAAUCGGAACGAAAUUUUGUGACCAUUGGUUGCGUUAAUGGGACAGAUAGAUAAAUGCUUAAUUUAUUGGAUGCUUGAUCGA